GGUCGUCAAUAAUGAUAACAUGGCCACUGCUGAAGUUCCUAGCGAUGGAAGGAAACCACACGAAAAGAAAGAAAGUGGAUAUUACACUUCUCAAAUGUUUGAUUAUUUUUUUGACACGGAAGAUAUUCCAUGCUUAAAUGCAAGCACUCAAUCUUCCAAGGUCGACCAGUUUAUAGCAUCAGAAAGACCAGUAUUAAUGACAAAUACAGACCUGGUAAAGACAGCACUGCAUUGGGAUCUUAACUAUCUGGAGCAACAUUUAGGGGACGGAGACUUUACUGUAUAUACUAGUGACAAUGAUAAGUUUCUGUAUCAUGAUGAGAAGAAAAUGGAAGCUGUGACCAAUUUCAAACCACCAACAAAAAGGAGGGAAAUGAAGUUCCCAGAAUUCGUGAGCAAGAUAAAAAGCUGGAAGAAGGGAAGCGAAAAGCAAGUGAAAAUUUCCAAUCAUUUCCCCCAAGAAGAAAUCCUCUGUUACAUGUACCUUUAUUUCCUAUAUUCACAUACACUAUACAGUGGCCCUAUGCAUAGUCUGCUGGUAACUGAGUUUUGAAGACAUGGCUUUAGUUUUGGUGUUCAUAGAGACAGCCAUUGGUCAGAGAAAUGUGUGUGUGUCUA